GUCGCGCUCGCGAGUAGACCCCCGACGGUUAUAGUUACAACCAGAGCUGCAGGAGCGCUAGUUGUCGGCUAACAUUGCGUUUUUGUAGCGGUGGACAGCGCAAAAAUGGCAAUCAAAAGUUAAUAAAGGAUGGCUCCCACUUCGGUCCGGUCGUUUUUCUUUACAGAUGGAAUAGUGACCGUAACUGUGACUGUAUUGCUGUCGCUCAGCUUCUUGUAGCUGGUCCAGGUCCACCGCACAGAGAAUCUGGUCUUCGCGCCCGCAAAGGUGGCGCUGCAGGCACUGCUGCUUCUGCAGCGAAGAGCAACAUGAUGAAGACAGCGGGCGAGAAGAAGCAGCAGCAGCAGGCCUACCGCAUCUACUUCCUUCGCCAUGCGGAGAGCGCCAAUAAUGCGCGGGCGGAGGGCGAGACAAGGAACUGCGACCCCGGACUGACGGCUCUGGGAGAGCAGCAGCAGGAGGCCCUCGCCCGCGCUUUGCUGCAGAAUAAUGUAGAAGUCAGAUCUGGCAGUGGCAGUGGUGCCGUGAAGGAGCAGUCGACGGGUUUGUUCCCCUUCUCCCGCAUUCUCGUGUCGCCCAUGACGCGGACGCUCCGGACCUAUCAAAUGCAAAUAUGUCUGGGUCUGAUAGAAGUUUGCUGCAACUUGUGAUGCGGAUUCUAGAAUAGGCAGAAAGAAAGACUUGUAUUGCAGGGGGGCCAAAAGCUGCCCGUUUCUUGCUACUUACGCACAUAGAGACUUUCUCAUGCAGGACAGGCAUCUUCAGGAAGCCUGCGCAAAACCUGUAAUGCUUCUGCAUGUUGCACUAGAGAGAGAGACCAGUUAUCUGUGACCGAAAAGAUGCAUGACAAACUCCUGAACCUGCAGCACCCAUCCAGCCCCAGACAUUUUUGCAAUGCAUAGAACCGCGAGCAGCCUGAUCCGCCACACUGUCGAACACGCAGGCGGGCCUGAAGAACCCUAUGACGUUAAUAAUUUCCAUUUCCUUUCCCGAGAAGGCAGUAUAGUAUAGUAACAAUAGGCGUGGGCCUGCGGGCCUAAAUUCCGGUGGGUUGGUCGGUCGGUUGGUUGGUUUUGGACAGACGACAUGUGACCGAACCCGCUGCAUUGUGUUUUGUGUUUUUCUGAGAUUCAUCCACUACUACUGUUGAAACUACCUACCUACCCACCUACCUGGCGUCCUUUCCUAUGCAUUGUAGUACCGUGAUCGCACCGACCCACCUACCUACCUAUCCCUUUCCACCCAGAGACAGCUGGUCACGCCUACCGGCCUACCCACCCACCAGCCUGGUUGGUGGGUGGGGCGAGGGAGCGUGCGCUGCCUAUUGGCCACGCCUACCGACCUACCCACCCACCUCGCUGGUGGGUGGGUGGGGCCGGCGAGGGAGUGCGCGCUGCCUAUUGGCCACACCUACCGACCUACCCACCCACCUUGCUGGUGGGUGGGUGGGGCCGGCGAGGGAGUGCGCGCUGCCUAUUGGCCACACCUACCGACCUACCCACCCACCUUGCUGGUGGGUGGGUGGGGCCGGCGAGGGAGUGCGCGCUGCCUAUUGGCCACACCUACCGAAGCUGAAGAUGAAGACACUGAUCAGCAUGACAAUGAUGGGGGGGGGGGGGGCCUCGCGGCCGUGUCUCUAAUUCCUCGCGCUAGUCCCUGGCCCUAAUCCCUAUCUCUAUAGAGUGAUUAUCUCUAAUAAUUCCCGAUCUCCCGCUCUCCCUUUCAUCUUUCUUAUCCUGAAUAUCUCUAGAUAUCUAUAUCUGAUCCCUGUCGCCCGGAUCCUCGGCUCCGAGGAUCCCUGCUUUCGGCCGACGCGAAAACAGGGAUCCUGAGCUCCGAGGAUCCCUGUUUUCGGCUGACGCGAAAACAGGGAUCCAACCGCCACCAUCAGGUCGGAGGAUCCCUGUUGUUGUGGGCGCGAAAACAGGGAUCCUCGUGCGUGAUGUUUAGGACAGACAGAUUCUCGGUGGGUAUGACUCUAAGUGUUUAUGCGUGACAAACUUCAUCUUCAUUACGCGGCUUUUUAUGCAUGACAAAAUCAAACAAGAAGCAUACUCAUGCAUGACAAAUUCAACCACGCGUGACGCUUGCGCAUGACAGAUUCAAUAUUGUCUGUGGAGAUCACGCACAGUAAUAGAAAUGUCGGCAGAGGUCUUGCUUGGGAUAUUGUCGGCGCCGGGCCUCGACGACGCGCCCGAGCGCUUCGUUGAUUGUGUCCGCGUUUCGAAUAUCGAAGCAGGCGGACUUCGCGUCGAUCGCAAUCUGCGGAUUCAAACGGAGAUACACGCAGAGCCGCCACCCAAAGUACGCGUCUAGGAUCAUCCGCUCCCAGUAGUCCAAAUCCCACGACACCUCCUCGGGCUCGUAUUGCAGCCCGAGCUUUUUCAGUUCCUCCUUCUUCAUGAACUCCCUAAUGCUGGCCGCCCCAAGUUUUGUUUUUGUUGCGAUUCCGCACUGUGUUAUGCAACGCAAAAAUAUCGCGCUCGUGGCUGUGGAAACGCAAGCGCGAAGAGGAAGAAAGGGCACGUGAGAAGGCAUAGGGGGACGCCGGCCUUGUCACGUGUUUCUUUUCUCCAAGCUUGCCAGCCGCCCUGCGGAAUAUUUUUGCAUGGCGUACGCAUGUCCGCAUGCAGUUGGUACAAAUAAUCCACGCGCACACCCUUAUGGCUGUUAACCAGCCAGACAGCCGGACCGGGGGAGCCUUCGCCGGGGUCUUUUUUACUUUUGUUUCCACUGGGGUCGAGGAGCACGCGCUCGGGGACGCAAACGUGCGUCCCUGAAUCGUUUACGCAGUAGUUCGGAUAGACGUACGUCCUGCAUUUCUUGUCGUUGCAUCUCCGCAAGACAAUUUCGAAGUUCUCCACACCGCGCGCGCCCCAUGCUUCUACUUUUACUGCCUUGUCCCGCACGUGCGUGGCGCCUCCACACAAGGGGCACACGACGCCUCCCUCCUCGGGUUCUUUCUUUGGCCGCCCGCGCCGCCGCGUCCUUCCCGCCUCUUGUUCCAUUUUUUUUGCGAAUUUACUUGACCGCGCACUCGACCACGAAAGACCUCUACGAAAUUCUUACAAAAUAAGGCGGAGCUGCUGAAUUCUGACUAUAGGAACUGCUGGGGUCGCUGCUGUUUGAAAAAAAUACUUUUUUGGUUGCUGGCGUUAUUCUGGUAGAAAGGGAAAUGGGUGGGUGGAUUGGAAUUGAUCUCAGCCUCCGCGCGGGGAAUUUUGGUGUGGGUAGCUAGGCUUCGUGGGGACGCCUUUUUUCUCGUGUAGCUCGUAAUGCUGCAGCGGUAGUGCGAGUAGCGCAGUGUCGCUUUUCGUUGUUGGAAGAAAACUGCGAUGCGGGUGAGCGUAACGCGGGCUUUUUAUCUCGAUCUUUUUUUCGAAGAUUUCUUCUCGCCCAUUGAUGGCGUGUAGAUGCUGAGGCGUUCUUCCUUUUUUGCGCGAUGUAAGUGCAGGCCCUUCUUUACGAGCACUACUUCUACCUACCCCGGCUACCUACCUGCCUACCUACUUUCCCACCGACCCUCCUACCUCUCCUUUCCUUCCGCGCCUCCCCGCGGCUGGUGUUCUGGUUGCAAACCUGUGGGCAUGGCUGUAGACCUGCCGCGCGGGGGCAAUUUUUUUUGCUGACCCGACCGGCCGGAGGGGUCGGUAGUGACCCGGACCGCCCUACCAGCCAGACUCGCGCUGGCGCAGCGUCUCGAUGGGCGUACCUUCUAAACCGCCACCCCGGCCCGGCGGCCCGGUUAGGAAGUGCGCAGCUAGCUGUGCGGACUUUGCACCACAGAACGAGUCCAGGUAGACUCGUUCCUGUGCGGCCUUUAUCAGCAUUACAAACUGCGUUUCGGGUGCACUUUGGAAUGCGGAUUUUAGAACACAGAACGAGUUCAGGUGGACUCGUUCCUGUGCGGCCUCUAGCAGCAUUACAAACUGCGUUUCGGGUGCGCUUUGUGAUGCGGAUUUUUGGAGCACAGAACGAGUCCAGGUGGACUCGUUCCUUUCCAUUUCCUUUCCCGAGAAGGCAGUAUAGUAUAGUAAGUAAGUAUCCACCGUCUGGAGGUGUCUGCAGUGUCUGUUGUGCAGCUCAUGGUGCGGCAGUAAUCACUACUUCUGCACCGUACUAUAUUGACUCAAAAACUCUGUUCCUGUUGGCAUUGGCUGUUGGCUACAAAUUGAAAAAGUGAGCAUGAAAAGAUUUUUGCUGGACGUGGACCUGGAAAUGGAAUCUGUUCAACCUCAUACAUCCCCGCUGGCACCGACGACCGUGGAGCCGCUAUUGUGCGAAGAGGGUGGUAUAUGAGAGUGCACAACUACUCGUCUUGCUCCCUCUCAUUUGUAUUUUUGCAUGAACAGCAAUACAAAUGACACCACCGCACCUGGAGCCUCUGCAUGGCAAAUUCAACAUGGGCCUAGUGUAGUACUGUUUGGGCUUCCGGAAUCUGUCAUGCAAACAGCGCCAAAAGGCAGCAGCUGGAUUUGGCGUUUUGCAUGACAAAGGAAAGGAAGGGGUAGUAGUUGUGUACUUUCAUAGGGCAUUUUCGAGGGUGACCGCAGCCUCUCCGCGGCGGAGCGGCAGAUGCAGUUCGAGAACGAGGGGGGUGUAGUCGGCGGCAGUGCGGCUAGUACAACCGUCAAACGUGGGCUCAGCAAGGAGGAAAUGGUAAAUGUCGUGUUUGGGGAGACUGUAUCACAAGAAGAAGUGUUAACGUUAAACGGAAUUUGUGAUGCACUAAUGCAUCACAAAACGUGCCCAAGUUUGUCAUGCAUAACAUGCAUACCAGGCAAAAAUUAUCAUGCAUUUUUGCAAUCUAUGAAAACCGUUAACGUUAGCACUUUUUUGUUUGACAGACUGCUCCCGCCUCUUCGUCUUGGUCUUGGAAUCCACUGCUGAAUCACGCCUUUCUCGCGGAGCACAUGUGGAUAUGACAGCGCACAACUCGCCCUCAUUUGUAUAGCAUGAAUGGCAAUACAAGCAUCAGCAAGAGUGCCGGUUUUGCAUGACAAAUUUGCACUGGAGUGUAGUGCUAUUUGGGCUGCCAGAACUUGUCAUGCAAACAGUGCCAAGAGGCAAAGGGUGGGUUGGGUAUUUUGCAUGACAAAUGAGGGGGAGGGGGAGUUGUGCACUGUCAUAGUGGAGUCGCACUGGCAUCACCUUGCUGACCGCACCAGACGCCGCACGACUGUCGGUCCGCUUUUACCGGAAUGAAUUCGACGACGCGUCUGGUACAGGAAUAAAAACUAGCGAUGAUGCCGACGGGCCGCCUGGGUGGUGGGUUGGAGGCCGCGAGAGCCCGGACUAUGAAUUGCAAAUAUGUCUGGGUCUGGAAGAAUACAAACCUGUGAUGCGCAUUUCGGAACACAGAAAAAUCUGUCAUGCAUAGGUUGCACAAGCUGCCCACUUUCUGUCACCAAAGUGAGGGAUUUGUCAUGCGGAUUCGGCAUUGCGGAAGCUUCUCGAAACCUGUGAUGCUAGAGCUUCCAUGCCAGACCUUCUAUGUCAUGCAAAAACAGCAUGACUCUUCCAGACCAGACCCAGACAUUUUUACAUUUGAUAUACCACCAUUGCCAGCAACUCCACACGUUGUUCACGAGGCCGUCUUUGCCUUCCGCCACCGCUAUCCAAAGUUUGACGCGCUCUACUUCCUCUUCCGGGCUGCUGCUUCGCGCAUCCUCACCUUACCCGGUUUUCUGUGCCUUCCAGACGUUGAGGCGCUCCAUUGUCACCGAUGUCGAAACCGCCAGUCGCGGCGGGAAAAACCGGCCGCUGGAAAGCUGGGAAGAGGUGGAAAAGCACCACCUGAAAAUUCCCACGCUGGACAACUACAAGCGGCCGAAAAACGCCCCGCUGCCGACGGAACUGACGAGAGCCGAUUACCAUCAGUUCAUGCGGGGAAAGCCGCGUCGGUGGCAGCAGCAAACGGUUUGUCCGGCGGUAGGCGCGGCGUUGAUCUGCUUCACGUUUUGCGAGAUGGCCUACGCCAUGUUCAAACUGAAACCGGACGACUUCGAUUGGAUCGAGGAGGAGAGAGCACGCGCCAGAGCCGCCCGAGAGCGGAUCGACCUCGAAUUGCGGAGGCGCGAAAAGGAAUCGAANGUUCUAACGCCCAGGUAUUGGCAGAGGCUAAAUCUGUUCUAACGCCGACCCGCCAGGAGUUAAAUGGUACUACUACUACUACUACUACUACUACUACUCGCAUGACAGAAAAAAACGUCUCUUGGGCAAUGUGCAUGACAGAUUUAGGAGUCAUGCCAGACAAGCAUGACAAACAUGCAUUCUUCCAGACCCAGACAUUUUUACAGUUGAUAGUGGAAAGAUACGUGUCAUAAUAUGCUUGAUUUUUGCGGAUCAUAAUGUGGGUGUAGGUGUUUCCUCGGUUGCAUGAAGUUUUUUUUGCCCAGCUGAAGUGGUAUCUAGUACACGAACUACUUUGCGGCUUCUGCUAUGCGUGAACAGUUUCGACACGAGAGAUAGAUCGCGGCCAGUUACUUUUGCAAAG